AUGGGCCUACCUAAGAAUAACAAAGUUAAGUUUUGUUAUGGAAAAGAAUACAGACACAUUUCAAGAGAACUAGAAAGGAUUAAUAAUAUCAUUUUAAAAUAUAAUAAAAACAUAGAAAAAUGUAAUAAAAAUAAAAAGAAAUGCUUAGAUGAAUUGUAUAUAUUAGCAAGUUAUGAUAAUUUUUUAAAAAAAAAAUAUGAAACGUAUCAAUGUAAGUUAGAGGGAUAUAUAAAUGAAGGUACAGACAAGAUUAAAAUAAAUGAAGUAAAUAAAGGAAGAAAUAAAAAAUACUACAAUAGUCCUAAUAAUAAUAAAAUAUUUUCUUAUAAUAACAAUUUAAUAAAUGAAGAUAAUCUUUUUAAGAGAAGAAAGAAUAAAAAAAUGAAAAAUAAAAUGAUAACCUUAAAGAUAAAUAAAUGUAACCAUAAAGAUAAAAAUUUACAUAAAAAUGAGAUGAAAGAUGGUGAUCAUGUUUUUUCAUAUACUAAAAAGAAGUGGAUGAAUAAUAAUAAUAAUAAUAUUGCAAAUAUGGUCUCUUUUUUGAGUUAUGGAAAUAUAAAAAGGAAAUAUGUAACAAAUAAAUAUAUUAUAAAUGAACAAGAAAAUAAUAAAAUGGAUGAGAAUCAACAUAUUGAUAAGAAUAAAAAUAUUAAUAUUAAUAUUAAUAUACAUGAUGAUAAGAACGAUGAAAUAAGAAAAGAUUCAACCAUACAUACACUUGAUCAUAGUAAUAAUAAAGAAAAGAUAAUUUCAAAAAAGGUUCUAAAAGUUGAAAGUAGAAAUAUAACAAAAGAAUGUGAUGUUAAUAAAUAUGAUGAGAAUAUUAUAGAAUACAAACAAAAACACAGGGAAAAAGAAAAAAAUAAAAGUAUCGAAAAUAUGAAUAUAAGCCAUAUAAUAUAUGAAAAAGAACAAUCUCAUGACAUUUGUAAUAUAUUAGAAGAAAAUAAAGAGGAAGAAAAAUAUAAGAAUUUACAAAAAGAUGUUAUAACAAAUUGUAAUAAUGAUAAAGUAAAACUUGAAGAAUAUCAUCAUGAAAAAGAAUUGAAUAAUGUUCAAAUUAUAAAUGAUAAGAAUAUUAAAAAGAAUGAGGCAAAGAAGAAAAAAAAUAAGAAAAAAACGGAAAAACAAAAAAAUAACGAUGAUGUAUUAAAACAUCUGGAAAACAAUCUACAAGAUGUGGAAUUAGUGUAUGAAGAAAAAAUAAUAAAUGUCAAUACCAAAAAAGAUGAAGAAUUAAGUGCAAAAAAUAAAUAUAGUGAAAAAGAUAUUGUUCAUGAUAUUCUCAGUGAAUAUUCCAAUACAUUACAAUAUACAAGUUUCCUUGAUUAUAUGAAAAAUAGGAUGGAAUAA